UAUGUGACACACUCACAGAGUAAACCGGCUGUGGGCCUAGACGGACGUGUUUUGUGUUAACAAUGCAUUUUGCUCUCGUGUUGUGUGUUUUCGGGAUAGCAUUCGCGAACGGGCAGAAUUGCUCGACGCCAAACGGAGAUGGGGGUACCUGUAAAUCUCUUUAUGAGUGUGAAAUUUACCAAAAAAUGUUCCGGAAAACCAAUCGGACGCCGCAAGAUGAACAAUUCUUGAGGAACUCCAAAUGUGGGUUUGAAGGGAAAGUACCAAAGGUCUGCUGCCCUGAUACAGAUAAGUUGACAUGCAUCACGCCCGACGCCAAUGAUGGACAGUGCAUCAACAUUCGAGAUUGUCCUGCGCUCUCAGAGAUGCUGAAGGAACCAAACAAUACUGUUAAAAGAGACUACCUCAAGGCUUCCGUCUGCCCCGGGCCUGAGGAUCCUAGCGUGUGCUGCGGACCGGCGCCUCGGUUGCAAGAGCCACUGUACGAACAGUGCGACACUAAAGUGUCGGCGCUGCCGCCCGACCCCGACAGCGACUGCUGCGGCGUCGACAGCACCGUGGGAAACAAGAUUAUAGGUGGCAAUGCGACCGCCAUCAAUGAGUAUCCGUGGUUGGUGAUAAUUGAGUACGAACAUCCGAUAGAGAAGACCAAGUUGAUGUGUGGAGGAGCCCUCAUCAGCGGUAAAUAUGUGCUCACCGCUGCGCAUUGUGUCAGCGGCGCUAUCCUCAACGAAGGUACUCCUAAAUUCGUGCGUUUGGGUGAAUACAACAUCACUAACAAAGGCCCAGAUUGCGUGCCGUCCGCAUUCGGUGAUCCCGAUUGUACUGACGACAUGAUCCUAGCGCCCAUUGAGGAGAUCAUCGUCCAUCCGGAGUACGACAGGUUCGACCUUGACAAGAGGCAUGAUAUAGCACUCAUCAGGCUCAAGAUCUACGCUCCAUAUACAGAUUUCAUCCGUCCCAUUUGCCUGCCGAAGGUCGAUUACUCGCAGUCGCCGCCGGCAGACUUGUCAUUUUACGUCGCGGGCUGGGGACGGUACAUAGAAAACACUACAGCCAAAAUAUAUCGACGAAGCUCUGUGAAACUACACGUGGAAGUACCUUACGUGGUUAGAGAUCAAUGCCAAGCAGCAAUAAGAACAAUUCCAGGCGUAGAAAACAUAGUUUUCCGAAGUGGACAGAUAUGCGCUGGAGGUGUUUUGGGCCAAGACUCUUGUAAAGGCGAUUCUGGAGGUCCCCUCAUGUAUGAAAGCAAGGAGACAAGAAAAUAUGAAGUCGUCGGCAUCGUCGGCUCAGGCGCACAGGAAUGUGGCCAGCCAGGCAUACCCGGGGUCUACACUUACAUCUACGAAUACCUUCCAUGGAUCAGACAAAAUAUUAGAGUUUAAUUUAGAAUAAUAGACAAUUUUUUUGUUAA